GCCAGUAGGUGGCGUCCUCGGCCCAGCCGUAUCCCCGACUAUAGGCUAUAUAUAUCCUAUGAUAACAGUGCAGGGGCUCAGCUUUUCCAGCGACUUCUAACCAGGGGAGGGGGUAGGAGAGGGAGGAAAAAGAGAGAGAGAGAGGAAAAACACUACCCCCGUCUCACGGUGUCCCUCCUGUCGCCAUAUUCUCCAUGCAGAUCGCCAGCAGAAGGAACCCCUUCUUAGGGCAGCAAGAAACUUCAACUCCUUCCUGAACACCUAUAUAAUAUUUUAAAACAGACUGCACAGAAGAGAUCGUCUUCCAAGGCCAGCUGUCCAAGAUGACUAACAUAUCCUAUCACAUCUCCAACCUUUUGGAGAAGAUGACAUCCACCGACAAAGAUUUUAGGUAGGACCCGAGCUUUGGUAACAUUUGGUGCAUAUAAUGUUAUGCGUGGGUGCAUGUUGUAAAGUCAUGUUUUGAGGUUUCGUAUGUUGUUGGCUUUUGGAUUGCACACACGUGUGUGUGUGUGUUUGCGUGUUUCCUUGCAAGCCUUUUAGAGGGAGGGGGUUGUGGAAGAGAGGGAGGCUUUUUAAAAAUACCUACGCCUGAAAAAGGACACCCUUCUAAAGGGGAUGAUGUGAAGUAAGGAGGCUCACUGGCUGUAGUCAGUGCAAUAUCGCCCCUCCCCCCUAUACCAUGGGGCCUUUAGUGUGUGCUGUAUCUAUAGACAGGGCUAAGACGGAUAUGAAACGUACUGCAGGCUUCCAGGGUUGAGAAGGAGAAUACUACCGUCCUAAAAUUUCUCACUGGGUAGCUGAUGUUAUGAUAACCUUUUAUGUUCCUCCUCCUAGACCGAGGUAGAGAUGCACUGCUGCUAGACAGCUGCAGUGGGCCAUGGUGGGAGUGGGUGGGGAAUCUUCCUAAUCAGCUGUUACCAUUUGGGAGAGGAUUGGUCGCCUUCAGUGCAUUUUUAAAGAAAAACAAAUCUGAGCUCGCAAAGCUAGGGAAUAAUAGCCAACUAAGCCCUGGUGUUUGGAGGAAACCAAACUGAAGUUCAGUUGUAACUGGAAGAAGACGCAUUCAAGUCUUGCAAGCAGCAGCUGAAAACGGGCUGUAGGUUACGGCUGCAUAGGAUGUAUAUUUGAAGGAUUCACUAUACAGUAUGACUAAGUAAGAGGAGUGGGUGGGAAAUCAGCCACCAAAUGUGUAAAAGAGGAUUUGUAGCUCUGCUCUCCAGAGUAUGGUGCUAAUAGAGUUGCACAUUCCCAAGAGGGAAGGAAGGAAGGAAAUCCCUUUGAUUUCCAUGGAAUGUAUGGUCUAAAUUGGUCUAAAUCUAAGCACUAGGAUUCUGGUUAGGGUUCCCUGUACUUGAGGAAUGCAAAAAAAAUAUGUUCUGUGUUCAAAAUUGUGAGGAGGAAUCAGGGUAUCUAUCGUGUGCUUGAUGUGCCAACGGUAUUGGGCUGGUAUGGUGUCUCAUCACCUUCUAAUACCAGUGUGAUUUAUACUUGACUACUGUACUCAUGAAUAGAAUUUGAUUACAGUGGUACCUCAGGUUAAGUACUUAAUUCGUUCUGGAGGUCUGUUCUUAACCUGAAACUGUUCUUAACCUGAAGCACCACUUUAGUUAAUGGGGCCUCCCGCUGCCGCCGUGCCGCUGGAGCCCAAUUUCUGUUCUUAUCCUGAAGCAAAGUUCUUAACCCAAGGUACUAUUUCUGGGUUAGCGGAGUCUGUAACCUGAAGCGUCUGUAACCUGAAGCGUAUGUAACCCGAGGUACCACUGUAUAUUUGGGGGAAUGAUAUUGAAAUAUGUUUACAUUUCAGUGUGGUGAUGGCCUGGUGAAUAAACAUAAUUGUUUAUACAGUACACUAUUUUACUGUGUGUAUAAUAUGUGUUGAAAAUAAAGUAUUCCUGUAAACACUUACAUGGGAGGAAGCUCUAUUGAAUCCACUGGGGCUGACUUCUGAGACAGCAUGCCUCCAAUUGCACUGUGAAUUUAUUAAAGGCCCUGAACCAGUUUUACUCAUUUUUCAGUGUCUCAAUUAUAUACCUGAGUUGUGUAUUUUGAAAGCUUACUAUUUUAACCUUAUUUCCGGUGGUUACUUAUAACUGAGAGUUCAGCUCUUUUGAGAUUCCAGUUUUAAGCAGAAGUCCUUUUUAAAAAAAGUCUUCAGAAGGAAUACUGUAGUUAUUAAAUAUUUUAGAUAAAACCUUAAUGGGAUAAUUAACUCCAAACAAGUUUUUUAAAAAGUUAUUAUAUUCUGAUCUUAAAUUAAUAUAUUCUGAACAAAGCCCAACUGAUUUCAGUGGAACUUGCUUCCGAGUAGGUGUGUCUAGGUGGCAGCUUUAAGGCAUAAACUUGUGAGGUUCUGUGAUUAGUCCAUGUGUGAUGAGACUUCUACUCAGACUUCUACUCUGAUAGAACAUCCCACUCUGAGGCAUUAGGAGCAGGCCAAGGGCAUCACAUUGGCACAGCAGUGAGUGUUGGGUGAUCUCAUUAAUGCCACAUGUGGAGUCACUAUACUCAAGUGAGGUGUGGGCCUAGGUAUACCUAUAAGGUUUGCAGCAACCACAAAAAACAGGUAUAUUGAUGCUGACCUACAGCACAAUCCUAACUAUGUCUAUUCAGAAGUAAAUCCUAUUGAAUUCAAUGGAAUGUACUCCCUGGUAAGAGUAUAUAAAAUUUCAGCCUUAUAUACCUAAUUUUUGAAGAUCCUACCUGUGUGGCUUGCAGCUAACACAGUGGAUAAUAUCGUGGUUGGUGGCUAGUUUCAUAAUGGUGGUGGUGAGGCAGCUGCAGGACUAAUGUUGGAGCAAUAGGCCAAAUGCAUUUAUGUUUCUACAUACUGCAUACUUCUUUGGCUCUGUCUGCCCUUUCCAGGAAGUAUGUGUGGGAAGAGCUCCUCUUAUUUCCUCUUCUCUUUCCCCACUUCCCUGUUCAUGUUUUUGCAACAGCAACAAAGGGGGAAAGAGCUAGGUAGGAGAGGUUGAUUGGGGCUUUGUAUAUUUUCAUAUACAGUACAUUUCAAAUAACUCUAGGUUCAUAAGGAAGCCUUUCAUUUCCAUUUAUUCCAUCUCUUCUCCCCAAAGUGGAUUUAGACAGUGCUACUUUUCUAGAAAAAGAAGUGCUGGAACUGAACUCCUGUGAACUCUGGCUGGGGAAAAAAGCCCUGGAUAUAGAUAUGGAAGAGAGUAAAAAAUGCAGAGAAGGCAAUAGAGAGAAGUUUAGAUUGUGGCACAGAUCAGCUGUGAGGAAUUCACAAGUCAGGCUUGGCCUAUGAAUGGUGAUAACGCCUUACCUGUAACACCACAGGUUUUUAGUAAACACCUUGUGGGUGCCAUUGAAAUGGUCAGCUCUUUGGUGUGCCUAGGUCUGCUUCCUGUACGCUACUUGUUCACUUUUAUAUAUGGAGCAUUUGCAAAUAAUGCCUUUCUGUGAGUUUUCACCCUAUCCCCAAAUAUGUAGAAAAUCCUGUCCCAAUUCUCAAGGCUAAUCCCUCACUGAAAGCUUUGGAGUCCUUUGCAUCUGAUUUUGCCAAAUAUUAACAGCUUCCCCUGCCCUGUCCAAAUUAUGUGCUAAUGAUUCUCAAGCAAAGAUAAAUGGUACAUUAAGAAUGGCUGUUUAGGGCUAGAGAUUAAGCAUCAUUGGGAGCUGCACUUUGUACAUGAUCCCGGAGAAACGAUGUUUUGCAAUAGGUAUUAGUAUCUCUAGGGAAGUGCCAAUAUUAAACACUGAGGUGUGGACCAAGUUUUGUUUCUGUGUAGCACUGCCUCUUCCAGCACCCGUUGAUAAAGUGCUGGCUUUGUGUCUGGCAUAGCACUUUGGUAUAAGCUAGCACCCGUAGCAUUCUGUUAAUGAAGGAGAAUACUUAACAUUCUCUAAUUGUAAACCAUGCAUUUGAGAAUAGAUGGGAAGAUAAAUAUAACUAUUUCAGCUAGUGAAGGCUCACAGAGCUGCUUCCACUUUUGUGCAACAGAUGGAACAUGCCAUUGUCCCAUUGGUGUUUUGCUGCUGUAAAUACUUAAAUCAUGCACAUCUCUUCAGUCAUGUCGUAUGUGCAGAAUUAAGUGUGGUUGUGUUGGGAAGAUUGAGGUUUUUUAAAAUAAAAAAAUGGUUUAAGCUAAGUAAAUACUUUGCUUCCAUAUGCCUGGUUAUCUUUAGUUAAGGGGAUUCUGUAUAUUGAUUUAACUAGUAGGCAAUCUAUGGAUUGGUUACUGUUGGUAAAGGUUUGUUCUUCCUUUCACUCCAGCUCUAUGGAUUUUAAUCUUUCAUUCCUUUUAAAUUGGAACUGCUUCUGCCAAUCAGCACAACCUAUUGCUGAUGUGUGUGUCGCCCCUCCCACCCCAGGUUUAUGGCUACCAAUGACCUGAUGAUGGAACUGCAGAAAGAUUCCAUAAAGCUAGACGAAGACAGUGAGAAAAAAGUUGUGAAAAUGCUUCUAAAAUUACUUGAAGACAAAAACGGGGAGGUGCAAAACCUGGCUGUCAAAUGGUAAGACCCCUCUACAUCAGCUACAGCAGUACUUGGGUUUUUUACGUAAAACUGCUAAGUAAUCCUAAGGAGGCUUGGACAGGUUUUGCGUGGGCUAUGUUGUCUUGUAUUUUGCUUUUCACCCUGUAUGAAAACUUGCUGUUUCACACAAUGUAGGUUCAGUUUCUUUGCCUGCUGAUCCUGUCCACAGAGACAACCCUUGAGGGGAUUAUGGAUGAUCCUACAGCAUAUGUGUGUGCAUAUUUGCUUGCAACAGAAAGCUGUACUUUUUUUUGUUUGACUUGCCAUCUCCCAGUGUUGCCUGGUGAUAGAUGCCGCUGGUAUAAGGCAAGUUCCUAUGUUUGCUCCCAUGAGCACAGUAUUUCCUUUAUAGAUGUCAUCUUCCAAGCCUUGUCUGCAGAAGAUUUAUAUUGGGAACAACUUCAUUUCAUGUGUGAUACCUCUUAUCUCUUUCUUCCUUGCCACCCCCUCACCCUGGCAUUGCAGUUUGGGCCCUUUGGUAAGCAAAGUAAAAGAAUAUCAGGUGGAAACAAUUGUUGAUACACUGUGUACAAACAUGUUAUCGGAUAAGGAACAGCUCCGGGACAUCUCCAGUAUUGGGCUGAAGACGGUCAUUUCUGAGUUGCCUCCUCCAUCUACAGGUAAAAUGCACAAAACCAAAACCCGAACUCUCCUAUUUGAAGUUUUGUAAAAUUCCUUUUCCAAAUCCUAGAAGCUAUUAAACAGAAAUGCAUUCAUGUCCUGAGUGGAAAGGGUUUAUUUUACUUUUAAAGCUAGAAAUGAAAUGGUUGAAAAUUACACUAGGACUUAAUGCAAAUCUCACCACUCUGACUAAAAAAUUGUCGUAGUCGAAGGAAGAUAAUCUACAUUUGAAGCAUUGCCAGAUAUAUUUCCUUGUUCUUUUUCAAACCCCUUAAUUCCCCUCUUUUGUUGACCAUUCCGGGUCGCCCAACCACUGCCACAGUGUCAUUUCUCCUGGCAGAUCAAGAGGAGAAGAUGACUGCAAAGGUUGUCAGGUUUCUAGCUGGGGCAAUCAGAAUAAGGUCUACUAUUUGACUGCUGAUUCAGGAACCUAAACUGUGUUUUAUAGAAUUUACUUUUUAUUUUGUUCUGUGUAUAUCACAUUGUUUUUUUGUUGCUAUGGCCGAUGGCUGAUGCAAAUAAAGUUUCAUUCAUUCACCCCUUAAUUCUGGUUUUCUCCCCACCCUAAUAGGUUCCACUAUGACAGCCAACGUAUGCAAAAAAAUCACAGCCCAGCUUACUGGAGCCAUUGGAAAGCAAGAAGAUGUCUCUGUGCAGCUUGAAGCUCUUGACAUCUUGUCAGAUAUUUUGAGCAGGUAUAAAGAAAAUGUUUCAAACAGUUGUGUAGUAGGAUGCAUCUGCAGCAGCUUUCUAGAGAUGAAGAGCACAGAAGCAUUAUUACGCUUUACUAAGUGUGUUAUUUCCUGGCACCAAGCGAAUGACACGUUAGAGAAAAAUCAAUUCAGGCAGUAUUCAUAACUCGGUUUUAAUGAACUUGUUCUUAAAAACUGUGUUGAUAGGAAAAUAUGUGAAUUCUGUUCCUCAUUUUGUUGUAGAAAGGUGUAGAGAAGUGCCAGCAAGUUGUUUCUUCGUGGUGUUUAUGUGGCCGCUAUUUGGCGAGGAGUUAUGCUGACACGAGUCUCCUGUGUCUCUUGCCCAUGGCUGCAGGUUAGGGGGAACUCUGUAUUCCUUCCAUUCCUCAAUCCUGAACUGCCUCCUUCCUCAGCUGACAAGUCCCAGGUUGGCCGUGCGCAAAAGGGCCAUCAUUGCCCUUGGCCACUUGGUUUUGACUUGCAAUGGGAACAUCUUUGCAGAGCUUAUGGAGCACCUCUUAGCAGAGCUGAAGAGAAACAACUCCACGUCUACCACCAGAACAUACAUCCAGUGUAUUGCUGGAAUCAGCAGGCAGGCUGGGCACCGCAUAGGUAAGUCUUCUUUUGCGAAGGCUUUGCCACUUGUGACUGCUGUUACCCAAGUGGAUUUCUAUGCCUAUAUUUCCCCCUUAGCUCUUGGUUUCAUUCUUCUAGUGAGGUGGGAUUUUUACCUGAGCCUAUUUUGAACUCCUGAAUGAAUAUCUUGGGGAUCUAGUUGUACUACCAUAACAUCUUUUCCUGCUGUAGCAACUUUGAGUAUGUUACGGCGUAAGCAGGAGCCAAAGGCAGUUUUUAUUGCUUGGGUAAGCUAAGAACCUUUUAUACUAGGAUCAAUGGGGCUGGAAGAAGCCCAGGUGUAUGAGAGCCCAGCUUUCUGGCCUAAGAUUCUAACAGGCCACUAGCAAAGAAUAGGAGUGAAGAAAGUGUCAAAGAUAUAUACAGAACAGAUCAGUUCAGAUGGCUCCAGCAAAUGAGCUGGCAAAUUGCUCCAUAUGGAUAAUUGUAAGCAAUAAAAAAAACUUCAGCGGGUGAUUUAAAUUGAGGAUGAAGGAGAUAUUCUCACUGUGGCUGCUACUAUUUUCUUGGAUUUAUGUGGUCCCAGAUCUAUUGAUUUCUAACAUGCAAACUGCCAUCGCACUGCUGUAACUGGAUAAGGGCUCCCUUUCACGUUGUAGAGAUAGUUAUGCAUUAUGAUAUGUCUGAAAAACUGAUGAUAUUUCAGAUUUUACUUCCAGCACUAUCGGGAGUCCCCUGACUACUCACUAGGCCUGGGAAAAUUUAUGUUUAAUGGUUCACUCCUUCGCUGUCUUCUAGGAGACUAUCUGGAAAAGAUGAUCCCCUUAAUCGUUCAGUACUGCAACGUUGAGGAUGAUGAGCUGAGGGAAUAUUGCUUCCAAGCCUUUGAGUCUUUUGUGAGAAGGUUUGUGUAUGUUUAUCAUGGUCUGCUUUUCCGUGACAUGCAAAGUUCAGCAUGCCGUGUUGCUUUGUGUAUUUUUUUUUUGGGGGGGGGUGUGGUUGUGAAGGGUCUGCUUUUCAAUAAGCUGCUAUCCAGAAAUCUGUGCUAUCUGAUCUGAUUUUAUUCUGGUUAAGGGAAUUGUGUCUCAGGAGCCCUCCAGUGAUGUUUGUCUGGCCCCUUUGCAUGCCUGUGUAAUGACUUCCUUAUGUUAUAUAACCACACCUGCUGGAAAGGGACUUACCACUGAAUGGAGACCUAUCAAGCAGGACACAUCUGGUGGAUCUGGAAAUUUUGUAGUGAAGAGUCGCAGUUCUAAAAUAAUUGAAACUUGAGUCAUGUUUCUGCAGCUGAAAUCCCCAGUAGUUUGUUUUCAGGGAAGAGUAUAACUUCCUUUUCCUCAUUGUUCUAAAGCUUAAAUAAAAUGAAGAAAAGGGCUUAUGUCAUUUAAAAAAGACAGGAAUAGAGUGAGAUUGAAUCGGGCAUUAUGAAAAGAGAUCGUGUGCUUUGUAUAACUGUUAAGGGAAAUUUUGACACACUGAACCUCUCCUGUGAUCCUGCCUAGAGUGGUCCAGUUGUGGAAUUGUAUCUGGUCCAGAUAAUGAUUUUAUGCAAAUAUCAGUUUCCAGAUUGAUUUCAGUAGAACCCCGAUUGCAUACAUAUUCCUUUGUGCACAUGAAUCUGGCCUUUUUGUUGAAAUGAAUAGGCAGCGCUUCGAGAGGGUCAUGUGUGCAUUUGAGACCUCAUAGUUGCAAUCAAUCACAAUUAAGAAGUAUGGUGAUGUUUCUGAAGCUGAUGUAAGGUGUUUCAAGCCUUGGGGGUGACAGAGACUGUUAUUAAUUGGUUGUAUGGAGAAUACUAUUUAUUGAAUUAGGUAUUUUAUUCCAUUUUCAUCUGAGCUUUUCUUGCUAUUUUCAAAGGUGUCCAAAAGAAAUUGGCCCUCACCUUCCUAGCGUGACAGCAUUGUGCCUCAAAUAUAUCACUUAUGACCCAAACUAUAACUAUGACAACGAGGAGGAGGAUGAAGAAGAAAUGAUGGAAACUGAAAAUGGGGAGGAUGAGGAACAAGGUACGGCAUGCUUAGGAAUCUGAUGGUGAUAUAUUCAGAGAAUCCUGGGCUGCCCCAUCAGUAUCCUGAACAGUCCUUUCAAACCUCUCUGUCUCUUUCCUGAGCCAUCCAGCCCAGAGGCUGGCAUGAAGAGACUCAUCUUUCCUUUUCUUUUUUUUUAUAAGAUAUUUAUUAAGCUUUUUUAAAGUAUUACAAUAAAAAUGAAAAAAUAACAAAAAUACAAAAUAAAAAUAAUUAAAAACACACAGAUUUUCCAUUACUUGUUUUCCUUUAGCUUGUUUCCCGGACCUCCUCAUACCUCCCUUUUUUGUAUUCCAGUUCAAUUUGUUGGUUCAGCAAAUCCUUACCCUCUUUAUUUAUCCUAAUCUUUAGUCUUAAAAUAGUAAUGUUAAAUUUUUACCUAUUAACAACCCAUUUUUCAUAAUCCCUUAAAGCAUUACUGCUGGAAACCACUUAAUUUCUAUCCAACAUCAUUCUAACAUUCAUUAAUUUUACAAUAAUUCUGUAGAUAGUCUUUGAAUUUCUUUCAAUCUUCUUCCACCGACUCUUCUCCCUGGUCUCGGAUUCUGCCAAUCAUUUCUGCCAGUUCCAUAUAGUCCAUCAGCUUCAUCUGCCAUUCUUCCAGAGUGGGUAGAUCUUGCGUCUUCCAAUACUUUGCAAUGAGUAUUCUUGCUGCUGUUGUGGCAUACAUAAAAAAGGUUCUAUCCUUCUUUGGCACCAAUUGGCGGACUAUGCCCAGGAGAAAGGCCUCUGGUUUCUUCAAGAAGGUAUAUUUAAAUACCUUUUUCAGUUCAUUAUAUAUCAUUUCCCAGAAAGCCUUAAUCCUUGGGCACGUCCACCAAAGGUGAAAGAAUGUACCUUCAGUUUCUUUACAUUUCCAACAUUUGUUAUCGGGCAAGUGAUAAAUUUUUGCAAGCUUGACUGGGGUCAUGUACCACCUGUAUAUCAUUUUCAUAAUAUUCUCUCUUAAAGCAUUACAUGCCGUAAACGUCAUACCUGUGGUCCACAACUGUUCCCAGUCAGCAAACAUAAUGUUAUGUCCAAAAUCUUGUGCCCAUUUAAUCAUAGCAGAUUUCACCGUUUCAUCCUGAGUAUUCCAUUUCAACAGCAAGUUAUACAUCUUUGACAAAAUCUUAGUUUUGGGUUCUAACAGUUCUGUUUCUAAUUUUGAUUUUUCCACCUGGAAGCCAAUUUUCUUGUCCAAAUUAUAUGCCUCCAUUAUCUGAUAAUAAUGAAGCCAGUCUCGCACUUUAUUUUUAGUUUCUCAAAACUCUGCAGUUUCAGUCUAUCUCCAUCUUGUUCCAAAAUUUCCCAAUAUUUCGGCCAAUUGGCCUCCAUAUUGAGCCUUUUCAGAGCUUUCGCUUCCAUCGGUGACAGCCACCUUGGGGUUUUGUUUUCCAAUAAAUCCUUGUAUCUUAUCCAAACAUUAAACAAUGCUUUCCUGACAAUAUGGUUUUUAAAUGCUUUAUGCGCUUUGACCUUGUCAUACCACAGAUAUGCAUGCCAUCAAAAUACGUUGUUAAAACCUUCUAGGUCCAAAAUGUCUGUGUUUUCAAGAAGUAGCCAUUCUUUCAACCAGCAAAAAGCUGCUGAUUCAUAGUAAAGUUUAAAGUCUGGCAGGGCAAAUCCACCUCUUUCCUUUGCAUCAGUUAAUAUCUUAAAUUUUAUUCUGGGCUUCUUGCCCUGCCAGACAAAUCUAGAAAUAUCUCUCUGCCACUUCUUGAAACAAUCCAUCUUGUCCACAAUUUGCAAUGUUUGAAACAAAAACAGCAUUCUAGGCAAUACAUUCAUUUUUAUCACAGCAAUACGACCCAACAGUGAAAGCUUCAAAUUUGACCAAAUUUCUAAAUCUUUUUCACUUCCGUCCAACAUUUUUCAUAAUUAUCUUUAAAUAAGUUCCCAUUUUUGGCUGUCAUAUUAAUCCCCAGGUAUUUCACUUUCUUAACCACAGUCAAACCUGUCUCAUUCUGAAACCUCUCUCUUUCAAUCGGUGUUAAAUUUUUCUCUAAAACCUUAGUUUUUAACUUGUUCAGUUUAAAUCCUGCCACUUGACCAAAUUCUUGAAUUAGUUCUAAAACCCUUUUAGUACUAGAUUCUGGCUCCUGUAACGUCAAUACUAAGUCAUCUGCAAAUGCUCUCAGUUUGUACUGUUUGGCUCCGACCUGUAUGCCUUUAACCGACCGGUCCCUUCUAAUCAUAUUCAGCAGAACCUCCAGGACCGAUAUAAAAAGCAGUGGGGAGAUUGGGCACCCCUGUCGUGUCCCUUUUUCUAUCUUAAAUUCUUCCGUCACCACAUUAUUUACAAUUAAUUUAGCCGAAGAGACUCAUCUUUCCAUGGUCAGCAGAACAUGAAAACAACGUGUUCAUCGCUUUUGAAGUAACCGUAAAUUCACUCUCCAAAAACAUGUCCAAGUUGAUUUUGGAGCACCUGCAAGAUGGGUUUAAAUAGAUCAGCUGAAAUGAAUUAUUUUCAUUUUUAAGCAGGAGAGGCAGUGAGGCCUGGCUUACCUAUAAUCAAGGGCCACUUGGCUCCUGUUUCUCAGAUAGGUCCUCCAGUGCCUACUUUUCAUAGAAUCAUAGAAUCAUAGAGUUGGAAUAGACCACAAGGGCCAUCGAGUCCCACCCCCUGCCCUGCAGUUGUUUGAAUGAGAGGGAGAGAUAGCAAGCUUCUUCCCAUUGUGUUGACUGAGACUGGCUAUUUCUCAACUCUGUUCCUCCAUAGCAGGAUCCACUGAGAGGCCAGUCUAUCCAGCAGCUAGCAGAAGGAAAGAGAGUGAUUCUCCUUCUCUUGUUCUUGCUGGGACAUGCAACCAACUUGACCUUUUUCCUUUUACGUUUCUUUUCUGUACUGAAGUAUGUCCAACACGGCCCUCUGUCCCUUUUCCUUGUAAUUCUAACUGGACGGAAAACUAUAUCAAAAUCCUAUUGUACUGCAGUCUUACGGGAAGAUUUGAAGCAAUGGUUUAUUGUCCCAUUGUUCGCCUUGUGUUUCUUUGUUUGAAAAAGAGAAAUAAGAUGUAGACCUGUUCCACCCUAAAGUAGUCAAGACCUACUUUCCCACUUUCCUAAUGCUUGGUUUUCCACUUUUCCUCCUUAGAAAGUGACGAUGAGUACAGUGACGAUGAUGACAUUAGCUGGAAAGUUCGCAGGUCUGCGGCGAAGUGCCUUGAGGCUAUUGUCAGCACCAGGCACGACCUCCUGCAGGAUUUCUACAAAACACUCUCACCGGCUUUAAUAAGCAGGUUCAAGGAAAGGGAGGAGAAUGUUAAAGCAGACAUCUUCUGUGCUUAUAUAUCUUUGUUGAAGCAAACGCUGCCCAUUCAGAGUUGGUUGCAUGCUUCAGAUGAGGCAAGCAAGGAGGAUAUACCUCUCACCAUGCUCCAGAACCAGGUGAGUGAUGGAGCAGGGAGCCAGGGGCCUGAAGAGAUGACCCUGCCUCGCACAGAGAUGGGGAACCUGCGACCCUCCAGAUUUUGCUGAACUUCUACUCCCAUCAUUUCUGACCACUGACCUUGCUGGCUGGGGCUGAUGGGAGCUGGAAGGCCAAAGAUUCCAUAUCCCUGGCUUAACAAGGUGGUUUCAAAACGACGAACUUACAUUAGACUCACUGGCUUGGUUCAAAUGGAACUCUGUUGGUUCAAAUGGAGAUCUGUUGCCCUUAAGACAACUGAUGAUGAACAAGCUUGCUCUGAUAUGAUGAUCUGGUUCCAUAAGUAGAUAGACAGCAGCAACAGGAAGAUGCAGCCUACUAUUUUGUGGAGGAGCCCUUCCUCUCUGCAGACGCCUUGGAGGAAAGGUGCACUGGUUUAGCAUGGCGGGGAGGUCAUGGCAGCCGUGGUCCAGGUGCAAUUUUUAUGGGGGGGGGGAGUGACCAGGCACCUCCACAGCAGGCACCUUCAUUGGAGCUUGGCUCUGUGUGCUAAGAAGCUGUGCCUGGCUGUAGCUCUGGUCUGGGGUCAGGUCUCACCUGGGAGUGGGGGGGAGCAGGAGAGUUGGUGGCAAGGCUCCAGCCCACCCUCCUUGGCUGUGGCAUGCCUUGAGCCUGGCUGAAGCAGCUCCGCUCCUGGGUCAGGUGUGACCCAGGGGUGGAGAGCAGGAAGAGAGUCAGUGGCAGUUUCGCCGCCCCUCUCCUCUCCUGAACUGUGGUAUGUGGGAGGUAGGCUCUGCCCCCCCGCCUCCCUCGGGGAUUGCACCCCAUGCGCCCACCCCAGGCGGUGUGGGCAUACGCUCUGCCACUUGAACAUUCACGUAAUUGGGUCUUCUGCCAGCUUAUGAAAAUGUGGUGUGCUGUGAAAAUGAAAUAAGAAAAUAACUCGUCAUCAGCACCCACUGCAUUGUUUUCAAAACAAUAUGAUUUCUCUAGCAGCUGUAGCAAAGCAGCUACUAUUCUGAAGUGAGCAAAAUGUCAGCUGCCAUUUAAAAGUUGUGUUUCACUUUCUGAAUCCAUAUCUCAGCUUGAUAGCAAUGGGGUCUGUGGCUAUUGAGUGCCUGCAGAGAUAGGGCAUGCAUUGAUUUGAAAGGUACUUGAUUGGAAUGAUCCUACUUCAUGGAUCUUGGGGGAACAUUUUGGUGGAUCUGAAGUUUUAAAAAUGGCUCCUGUCCAAACGUUUGGACACACAGUACACUUGCUAUUGUUGUUUAAAAAACAUCCCUUUGGAAGAAUAGUUCAUGUGAAAAUCUUUAUCUGAAAAGAAUUGGAUCCCCUAUGUGUUUGCUUCCUGCCCCCCUCUGAGAAGCUCACCCAUGUCCACAUAGAUGAAUAUUAUGAAGAAACAAUCCACAACUAUAACCUUUCCUGCAUAACAGAAACCAUUUGCAAAUUGGCUCCCCUUCCCAUUCCAUACUAAAUGAUUAAUGCCCAGUCUUAGACUUGGAUCACUUGCUUCUUUAGCUUCGUGUUGGGUUACUAAUGAGUUUCUUUCUAACCUUACAGGUUCCAAACAUCGUCAAGGCCUUGCACAAGCAGCUCAAAGAGAAGAGUGUCAAGUCAAGACAGGGGUGCUUCACUCUCCUGACAGAACUGGCUAAUGUUCUUCCUGGUUGCCUUGCAGAUCACAUACCUGCACUAGUACCUGGUAAAACUUGUCAGGAGGGAGGGGACGUAGCAAGGCAAAAGGUUUUCAGUAUAGAAUAUUUUUCAUUCUCAAAUGUGAUGCACCUAAACCAUAUGACAGUGGCUUCUUUUACAUACAUAGCUAACCUUCUGCUCCUUCAGAACAAGUCGGUGGAUAUUUUACCAUUGGCUUUGCAGAAGCCAAGAGUUGGUACUAUCUAGUCCUUUAAAAAUCCAUUUGAACUUCAUGGGUUGGGGGUAGAUUGCCUUUCUUAUCUUAAAUUCUCAUACAAAGUGGAGGCACACAUCACUUCAAGCCAGAGUGUUUGCUCAGAGCUGUCACUGGCAUAGACAUGGCAGGUGACCAGUUCUGAGGUGAGCUUGUUCCAGCACACCUUUGCUUUAGAUAGAAUUGGAGUGUGGCGAGAGAGCAGAGUUACCUGCCCUCUGAGGAGCUAUAUAGUAGGGGAAUGACUUCUGUAAGCUAUUAUAAAGCAUCCAAAGGGAUUUGUACAUGAAACAAAUUGUGCGGAAGGUGCCAAUUAUUAAAGAAUGCAAAUUUAUCUGUGACUAAAUCCCCACCCUGCCAGUUCUCUUUUGUAUGAGUUUAAUUCUGUCUGAAGCUAACUUUGUAUUCUAAAAAUAGAACCAAGCUGACGAAUACUUUCUCCAAACAGGCAUUGUCUUCUCCCUGACUGAUAAAUCCAGCUCCUCCAACAUGAAGAUUGAUACGCUGUCUUUCCUUCACGUCGUCCUUUGCAACCACUCCCGGGAUGUGUUCCACCCACAUGUUAAGGCCCUGUUGCCCCCCGUCGUGAUUUGCAUAGGGGAUCCCUUUUACAAGAUAACUUCGGAAGCUCUGCUGGUUACGCAGCAGCUGGUGAAAAUCAUCCGGCCCCUGGAUGUGCCUUGUACGUUUGAUGCCAAGCCCUAUGUGAGAGACCUCUUCUCUGCUACUCUGAAGAGGUUGAAAGCUGCUGACAUUGACCAGGAGGUGAAAGAACGGGCCAUCUCUUGCAUGGGGCAGAUUGUUUGCAACCUUGGAGACUACCUAAGCAGUGAUCUCCAGCCAACCUUGAAGAUUUUCCUGGAGAGGCUGAAAAAUGAAAUAACCCGACUGACCACAGUCAAAGCGCUAACUUUAAUUGCCAGCUCCCCGCUCAGAAUAGACUUGAGGCCCAUUCUUGCAGAAGGAUUCCCCAUUUUGGCUUCCUUCUUGCGAAAGAAUCAGCGUGCCUUGAAACUGAGUACCUUGACGGCUCUCGACAUCUUGAUCAAGAACUACAGCGACAGCCUCAAGCCGGCCAUGAUUGAAUGUGUUCUAGUAGAGCUCCCUGAUUUAAUCAGUGAGAACGACAUGCACGUUUCUCAGGUGGCUAUCGUGUUCCUUACAACCUUAGCUAAGGUUUAUCCUUCGUCCCUGUCCAAGAUCAGUGGUACAGUUCUCUCGGGACUCUUUCAGCUUGUUUACUCGCCUCUGAUGCAAGGCGGGGCCCUGAAAGCCAUUGUGGACUUCUUCCAAGCGUUGGUUGUAACUAAGACAGUCAACAUGAGUUAUGCAGAACUGAUGAAGCAGCUGACUAGCCCUAUAUACUCUUCGAGCCCUGGUGGGGCAUCUGCAAAUUUACAUAAGCAGGCCUAUCACUCUGUUGCAAAGUGCGUGGCAGCCCUUUCUUUCGUGUGCCCCAAAGAAGCACCCGGGGUGGUCAACCAGUUCAUUCAGGAUGUGAAGAAUCCCAAGUCCAGUGCUGCUGUCAAAAUGUUGGCCUUCCUUUCCCUGGCCGAAAUAGGACGCACCACAAACCUCAGUGCUCAGAAGGAGCUCAAAGCCGUGAUAUUGGAUGCGUUCGCUUCGCCCAGCGAAGAGGUGAAAUCGGCAGCUUCCUACGCUCUGGGCAACAUCAGUGCGGGCAGCCUGAAAGAGUACCUUCCCUUCAUGCUCAAAGAGAUUGGAGGCCAGCCUAAACGGCAAUACUUGCUGCUCCACUCCUUGAAGGAAGUCAUCAGCUCCUCUCCGGGAGAGAGCCUGAAACCCUACGUGGAGGACAUCUGGGCCCUGCUCUUCAAACACUGCGAAUGCACCGAGGAAGGGACCCGCAAUGUAGUCGCCGAGUGCCUGGGGAAACUGACCGUGGUGAAUCCUUCUCAGCUGCUGCCCAGGUUGAAAAAACAGCUGUCGUCAGGUAACAACGAGGCCAAGCCCAACUGUAGCACUAUUGAGAUGCUGUUGGCACUAAGGCCCCCUGUGCCUUUCAUGACUCCUGUCAUUGAGCCAGUGCUGUGGAAGCAAGGGCAGCCCGCUUAUGAAGUCAAGUGAAGCAACCGCCUCAGGUGGUAGAAGCUCCCGAGGUGGUGUCUCCAUGGGCAAGCCUUAAAGCUGGAACUAGUGGCAAGGCCUCCCUCUCCAGUAGAUAAAAGUGAUUUUGGUUGGCGUAUUUUAGUUAGAGGGAUUUAUAGAUGGCUUAAUCAAAGAGCUCUCUGUGCAUAAUAACUUUGGACAUAAAAACAGCUAAAACUCACAAAACUUACUAAAAACUAUGCAUUUACAUUCAUAUUCAUAAUAUUAGUGGUUGCUAGAUGCUGCAGCAAAUUAUAAUAAUUUGUUGGUUGGCUCUUCUGUAUAUUGAUGCGUGUGUAGCUUCGGAGGAGAAAAGGCAAGAGAGAUAUUCCAGCUAGGAGAACAAAAUGGGAACAAAAAAGGGUGGUGGGGACUAUUCUGGUAUUUAGAUGACUCUAUGAAGAAAAAACUACAGUAUUUGUUUUUAAGAGAAAAAAACCCUUAGGUUUUUAUUUAAAAGGGCAAACACUCGUUCUCUUCUACAUUUGUACGUUCCUAAUGAAACCAUAUUCUGUAGGGUAUUAACAAAGUAGGUUUUCUUCAGAUGUCUUAACAUUUGCCUAACAGAGGGGUGUCAAAUAUAAUGGGCAGUUCUGGGUUAACCACUAGGCCAAGUCACCUUAAAAAUUAUCUGUAAUCCCCCCCCCAAAAGUAUGUUUAUCAGUGUAUGCUGCCUUGCUAUUUUGUGAUACAUUAUAGAAAUACUUCUAUACAGUGGUACCUCUGUUUAUGAACAGUCCUGUGAACAAACCAUUUGGUAUACGAACUUCACAAAACCAGAAGUAGUGUUCUGGUUUGCGAACUUUACCUCAGUCUAUGAAUGGAAGCCGAACGAUAGAAAAGCACCGGUGGUGGAAAGCCUCAUUAGGGAAAGCAUUCCUUGGUUUAAGAACGUAUUUGGUUUAAGAACAGACUUUAGGAACGGAUUAAGUUCGUAAACCCAAGGUACCACUGUAUAUAAAAUAAGCAUACUAUGGAAGAGGGCUCCAAUUUCAUUUGGGCUUGCUUUUGUGACAGAAUUGUCUGAGUGCAGCUCUGUGGAUGACUAUCUUUAUAUAAUGGGGGAGCAAUUGGCUAUAUUCCCCAUUUCAAGGGGCUUCAUCUGGGAAGAAAAUUUCUGCAUUGCAGAAAAUGGGUGUAGGCUCUUAUUGCUGUGACUAAUGCAGAGGGAGAAAUUAAGGAGUCAUCACAGAGGUGUGGGCUUCCAGAAUGAAAUUAAACGGAGAUUUUCUUUUCUUUAAACCAGUGUUGAUGUUUGGGAAUAAAGCACUGGGAAAGGUUUUUAAAAUCCCAUUUUAAACAAUACAGUAUUACUUUGCCAGGCUAAAUGUUCCCAGUAAAAUUCUGCUCAUACUAUUAAGCAUUUUUGUUUGUCACUUUACCCUACCCUUUGUCUGACAGUGUGCAGCUGCUGCCAGGCUGCAUAAAAAUUUUAUUUCAUUAGACCAUUAGAUGACCACCCUGCUUAAACUGCAGCUGUCUGCCAAGUGGCUUAAGCAGGGCGAUGAAUGUAAAGUUAGUUAUAGUUUUAGACCUCCAGCUGGUAACAUCACUUGAGUACCAAAAAAGGUAUGCCAUGCACACUUAAUAUUCCUGUUUGCUGGCUUAGCUUGGAUUUCUUUCUCUCUCUCUCUGAGUGUGUGUGUGUGUGUCUUUUGGAGUGGCGGAAUCUGAAUAGCAAUCUUAAUAAAAUGUUGUUAUCUGAUCUCUAUGCUCCUUCUUAAGACGAUUCUUUCCUCUGUUUUGAUUGCAGGUUCACCAUAUGCUCGAAGCACAGUAGUAACUGCAAUCAAAUUCACCAUUUCAGAUCAUCCACAGCCCAUUGAUCCCCUUCUUAAAGGAUGCAUAGGUAAAUCUUUGUUUCAUACAGAAACCUCCCUGGGUGAUCAGAAUACCAGGCAUUGUUUUGUUACGAUAAACCAAUACACAGUGGCUGUGCAAGAGGUUUGCUUUAACUGCCUGCAAUUCCCAUUUACCGGUACUCAAAAAUAAAUAAUCUAGGGGAGUUGUUCUUUAACCACAAUCAGUGGAACUGCAAGGCUGAAUGCAUGUUUUAGAAAGCCUCUUCAAUAUAUUAGCCAUUAUGCUUUAGAGCAGAGAAAGGCAUACUGGGAUUGAGUUUACGCCUGGUUCCUCCUCGCCUCCUCCCUGAUUUAAUGGGGGACUUGAAGAGCACUGAUUACAUUGCAGGUAGCACACACAUGGUGCCAGAGCACAACUCAAAACAACCCUGAAGAUAGUAGUCCUUUGGUGCUUGUUAUGUCAUGGAAAUGCUCCUUGUGCAGGAACUUGUUUGUUUCUAUACAUGGCUUGGUUAUUUCUACAGUAAUCUAUCCACAGAUUAAGGAUGGGUGAAUUUAGUAGUUUUUUGGAGCCACCUCAUAGGUGAAGAAUUAAGAGAGAAAUUUUUAUAAAUCAUGGAUGGAAUCAAAGGUUGUACAAGACGGCUUUUGCUCAUACAACAGGACCUUGGCUUUCUCUGCACAGCCCUAAAAUCGGCUCUGGAGAGUCCCUUAACUCCUGCAGAUCAGACUUUGGAGGGCCCACGAGAAGAGAAAGGCAAAGUCCUGUGGUUCCAGCCAUGCACAGAUGUUGCUUUGGACAAAACUUCUCAUCUGCAGUUCAGUUUAUGUGGAGGCUGCUAAUUUCAAUACUGCAUGAUCAGGUUUGUCAAAAGGAAAUUGCUUCCUGCUAUAUAUUCUGACAUUUCGAAUACAUUUGAGUUCUGUUUCCAGUUUUAGUUUUCAGAGAAUGAAGGGAAAAGGGAAUGGUGUUAAUAACAGAUGCAGCUAGUCUAGUCACUGCAGGCCUCCUCAACCUUGUGCCCUCCCAAUGUUUUUGGAUUAGCUGCAUGUUGGCUAGGGCUAGUUGUAGUCCAAAACAUCCGGAGGGCAUCAGGGUCAGAAGUAUAGAAAAGAGGGUUUAAGGUGGCUUGUUUCUACAAUGCAGACACCUUGUUUUCACAGUUUCUGUAGGUGUGACUCAGUUGAUGGGGUAUUGUGUCUGUCUUUUAUGGAGUAAGACUGUCAUUUCAUAGUGACGUUCCCAUGCUGAUCAAAGGUGACCAUGCUGGAUCUUGUGAGAAUAUUUUCUUCCACAUCUGCGACAAGGUGACCAGUUGCUGUUUCCCAGCUAGUUUUGAAGUAAAAGCUGCUUUUUGUACUAUUACUAUGCAGGUGACUUCUUAAAAACACUUCAGGAUCCCGACUUGAAUGUUCGACGUGUUGCUUUAGCUAUGUUUAAUUCUGCUGCUCACAACAAGCCUACUCUGAUCAGAGACCAGCUCAGCACAGUACUGCCCCACCUGUAUAAUGAAACCAAGAUUAGAAGGGAAUUGAUACGGGAGGUAUGGACCAAUGUAGAUAAUAUUAUCCAUUUCAGUUUCAUAUUGUGAUUUGGCUUUUUCCUGCAAAGUGUGUGGAUUUAUCUGGUUUAACUCCAUAGGUUCUGUUUGCCUAAAGUCUGCAUAUAUUGCAUAAACAGAAUACAUAGAUUGACAUUUGGUUUAGCAAUUUCACUGUAAAAAAAGGAAAAUACGGUUUGGCUUCUAGUUUCAUGGACCCUAUAGCAUUUUAAUGCCCUUACGAGUAGCAUGAAGUAGCAUAUGUUUUUCUGACAACUGAAACAGUUCAAACCCCAGCUUACACACACAUUAAAAAUGCUUUGCUGAUAAUGUCUUUGCUUUAAUGUCAAAAGUAAUUACCAACGUAAAUAGGCAAUAAUCAGGAUAAGGAUAAAUGGGCUUUAAUAUUUUGUAUAGCAGGAGAGUGCAGACAUUUGUGAUUAUUAUUGGUUGGAUGGAAAAGUCUAAUAGCACAUGUAAACUUUAGCAGAAGUUAGAUCUGUUCAUUUCAUCAUAUAUAAAUUUUGGCAUCCCUUCCAAUGAUUUAUAAAAUUCAAGAAAUUGUGUUCUCCCCACGUAGUACAACUUGUGUUAAGCUUUACAGUGCAAUCCUAUGCACUUAAGUUUCAGUGUUAAACUGAACUUUCUUCCUGGUGUUUUUAGGAUUGUAGCCUCAGGGCAACUACCGUAUUUUUCGCUCUAUAACACGCACCCGACCAUAACACGCACGUAGUUUUUAGAGGAGGAAAAGCCGUAGGCAUGCCAACCGUAGGCAUUCCCUCCGUAACACGCACAGACAUUUCCCCUUACUUUUUAGGAGGAAAAAAGUGAGUGUUAUGGUGCAAAAAAUACGGUAUGUGGUAUAGUUCACUGUUCAGGAUAGGGACUGUGUGUUUUCUGGGGACUAUUUGAGGCAGCAGCGGAUAUAUAAGAGAGGAUUUAAAUGUUGUUGACACUGGUGUCAUGCAGAUAUUGCCUACUGGAAAGCUCUUCUCUCUUUGAAUGACCAGGUAUAAUAGCAUUUCCCCUUUUUCUUUUUUUAGGUAGAAAUGGGCCCAUUCAAACACACAGUAGAUGAUGGCCUUGAUGUAAGGAAAGCUGCUUUUGAGUGCAUGUACACACUUUUGGAAAGCUGCCUUGACCGACUAGACAUUUACGAGUACUUGAAUCACGUGGAGGAUGGCUUGAAAGAUCAUUAUGACAUCAGGGUAACUACCUCCUUUUCAUUAUCAGCAGAGCUUAUUUCAUCUGUUACUACUUCACUAAGGGCUGUUUGGAGGUUGCUCACCUCCCACGCCAUGUAGAGAACAAGGCUGUUUUCUUCCUCCCUGUGCACAAGUGAAUGCCUAAACUUGGGUGUUGUUUGAACAUGAGCUCUUCUAUAUAUUCCUAAAUACUGAAACCCUUUUUAGUGGUUUUGAAACUCAGGAGAUCAAUGUUUGGACAUCACUUCUACAUAGGAAACGGAGAGUAGGGAGGGAAGUGUUGCUGGCCUACAACUCACUGCCAUUCUUGUGGAGUUUUUAGGAGUAGGGAAACAGCCGAACAAUGCAGUUCUGUCAUUUGCUUCCCUGGUUUAUCAUAGAAAGAUCCAUCAUUUUAAAAUACAAUGGGAACUUUGGUGCAGUGAUCCAUUUGAGGCUGAUGAUGGUUGCUUGAACCUGUUGUGUGAAAGUGAUCGUAUGUUACUGGAAAUUGUAGCAGUGAAAAUCUUCAGGGGGGAAUAGUUCAUGUAGCCUUUUCCUUUUUCUCCCCCAUAUUUAUUUUUUUUAGAUGCUGACUUUCAUUAUGCUGGCUCGCCUUUCAACACUCUGUCCUAAUGCAGUCCUACAAAGAUUAGAACGACUAGUUGAACCCUUGCGAGCAACUUGCUCUACAAAGGUAAUACACUAGGAAAGCUCAAAUAUUUCAUUUCCUUGAGCAGUUUGCUUCCAGGUCUGUUUGAUCCCCUGUCCUCCAUUCUCAGGCUAGACAGAAUACCUACCUUUCAGUGCUGUAAGCCAGGGAUAGCUAACCUUUGGCCCUCCAGAGGUUGCUGGAAUACAAUUCCUGUAUUCCCUGACCUCUAGACCUGCUGGGAUUUGGGAGCCCAACAUCUGGAGGGUAAUCCUGUAUGUAAGCCAGUUGUUUUAAACCAGAGUGCUGUGGCACCCUGGGGUGCCUUGAAUGAUGAUCUGGGUGCCACAGGCAACACUGGCCUCUGUCCCUCUUCCCUUCCGUCCCUCAGAUGCCCCAUCUCAUCUCUGCCUCCCAAAUGCUUGCACAGCUGUUUGUUGCUGCAGCCCUGGCUAAUAAGCUCCACAAGCAAAUGGUGCCUCUGGGAGGCACCUCUCUUUGGAGUGGGGUGGGGGGGGUGGGGGAAUUCAGAGACCAGUGGCGACAGUAGCAGCUGGCCAGAAGACACCAAGGAGAGAGGCUGAGGGAACACUCCACAAGGAGGGUGUUUGAAAAAGGGUGAGAGGCUGCCAGCUCUGCAAGCAAGUAGUGAUGUAAUUGGGCUCCUGGGCCCCACAGUGCUGCUGCAGAACGAAUGCAGUUGGCCAAAAGAGUUGUGGACUCAAAAAGGUUGAAAAUCUCUGCUAUAAGCCAUUGUAAGAUCUCUGUGUUUUAUUCAGUGCUGCUGUUCCUCUCACACAAAGACUUCUGCUCGCUCAAUGCAAUUUCUCCAGUUACAGGAUUGGUAGUCAGUUUGAUUUUUUUAUUAGCGUAUUUUUGUUCUGCCUGAAGUUCAUUUUUAAAAUGUCUUAUUUUUCUUAGGUAAAAGCCGGCUCUGUCAAACAAGAAUUUGAGAAGCAAGAUGAACUGAAACGCUCGGCAAUGAGGGCAGUAGCUGCCUUAUUGACCAUCCCUGAUGUAGAUAAAAGCCCUGUGAUGGCAGAAUUUUACUCUCAGAUCAGAGCAAAUCCAGAAAUGUCUUCACUUUUUGAAAGCAUUCAAAAGGAUUCUACUUCAUUGUCUGCUGCAGAAUUAAUGGACUUGAGCUAGAACUCCCAAAGUUCUCCUCCUCCUUACACUCCACUAUGCUGAGGGUGGACAAUCAUAUUCUAGAGCUGAUUUUAGAUGCAGAUGUCAUUUUAAAAAUGACAACUUCCUAUAUAAACAGGCAUGAUUUUAGAAACAUAAAAAUGACAGUAAGGCCUGUUGAUAUCAAUAGGGUAACACCACUUUUAAGGUCACUUAUUCUUUAGCUCAAAUACACAAUCAUGAUUUUUUGCCAAAAGUUGUGCAUUGACAAUUAUAUCUCAAAUCACUGAUGUGGUGGCACUGUCAUGGAAUUUUAUAAAACAGUGAUGAUAAAUGAAGUUAUGCUAUAAAGAUCUCAUAAUUGCCUCAGUUAGUGACUUUUAUGUGUGCUAAUUUUACACUGACUUGAGUGACUUUCAUAGUAGCAGGUGAACUGAAGUGCUAAACUAUGAAAGUAACCCAACUAUCUUCCAUGAUGGAAUGCCUUAUGCUUAAUAUUCGUCUGUUACCACAUACCUCUUAAAUGCAGCAGCUGGGUAUUUACUAUUCUUCCCCCCCCAUGAGAGCUUGAUACCAAAGCAUUUAUUUUAAAAUACAAAAAGUUAGCAUGUCACUCCCAAGAACCAUUGAUCUUUCUGGUAUGAAGUAUUUAAUAAUGAAAUGGCACCAACUGGUUAUAAAAAUGCUAACACCAACAUACUGCUGUUUAAAUCUCACAGUACAGCAGAGAAAAUGUUAAUUUCUUGCAGCCGUGGAUUAUUAAGCUUCACUUAUAGGAUUUUUUUCCCCAUUUGAGUCAGUCUGUGAAUCACUUAAGUGCUCUAUUUAUAAAACAGGGUGUCACCUUUUUUGUUCUACAUGAAACACAUCCAAUGAAAAUAAAGAUCAUAAAUGCAUCAGCAGUAUUGAUUCAAUUGCAGCUUUCUGUUUUUGUUUUUUUUUGCAAGUUGAUUUCUGUAAGGAGUUCAAGUUAGUUGCUACAAAAAUACUGCUUGUUACUAGUCAUACCUCAGGUUAAAUACGCUUCAGGUUGAGCGUUUUCAGGUUGUGUUCCGUGGCGACCCGGAAGUAACAGAGGCGACCCGGAAGUAACGGAAUGGGUUACUUCCGGGGUCCGCCGCUCAAAAUGUCACAUGCAUGUGCAGAAGCGGUGACCCGUGCACAUGCGGGUUGCGUUCUGCUCAGGAUGCGAACAGGGCUCCCAUUCGAAUCCAGAGGAACCACUGUAUGCAGAUAUGGAAGUUCCAAGAUACCCAAUAUUCUACCCAUCCAGCAGCGACUAAGCUUGUGCGCUCAACUUGGAUAAAACAGAAUGUAGGGUUGUACAGGAUUUGAGGUUAUAUUCUAAAUUUUAAGCAGCAUCUGCUUUCUUCAAGUGAGGAAGCAGGAAAGAUCACAACACAUAGACAAAGAAUAAACAGGUAUGCUGCCUUGUAGCAAGUCAUUUGGUCCAUCCUAGUUCCUAUUGUCCACCGUGCCAUGUAGCAGGCAGGAUUCCCUCCCAGCCCCUACCGACAGAUGCCAAGGAUUGAACCUGGCAUCUUCUGCAUGCUAGUCAGGAGCUCCACCACUGAGCUAUGGCCCUUCCCCAACUUCUCAGAGCAGAACACCUUAGUAAUUACCAUUUCACAUACAAUGCAUAUGCAAAUGAGCUUUCAUUGAAGCUGGUUCCAAAGGAGGUAUACCUGUUUGGCACAGUCACUCUUUUUAAGAUGUACGUUUUAAAGCAAGCUGUGAAGUUACCUUGAGCAGAUACAGCUUAGUGACUUAAGAACUCCUGCUUUUUUCUCACUGCUAAUGUACACCUCUUCCGUGAUAGUAAAUUGUAAUUGUGUGGGUUUGCAAAUACAGUAUCUGUUAGCAGAAGACAGUAGUUUAUAAAAUAUUACUACCUUUCUAACAACUGAUCUUCAUAUGAAGUUACAAAAAUUGCUUUUAUAUACCCUCACAGCAGGAACAUCAGUUUUCCGACACUUUUUUGUUUUGUUUUACUUUUUAUUAAAUACAGUUGUAC